GUUGGAGGUUGAGGUGGAGAGGAGUGGGAUAGGGGGGCGGGGAGUUGAAAGGGGGAGGGAGAGGGAGAGGGGACAGGAUGCCGCGAGUCAGCGGUCGGAAAGUAUGGUUGUUAUGAGCGCUGCGCUGGGAUACACGCCGGCGCCGGCGCCGGCGCUUAUCAGUGUCACGCAGCCGUUGAGGAGGAGCGCGUCUGUGGUUUCGUCGCUGUCGUCGUCGACGCGGAGUCAGGGGCAGUAUGAACGGUUGGUCCCGUCGCCGGUGACGGAUGAGUCGCCGUAUGUGUGGGCGCCGCCGCCGGUUCCGUCGAUUAAUCUAGCAGGAGUGGGAACGGGAAGUCAAGGAGCGAAUGCGGUGGCGGAGACGGGAGAGUGGAGACGAUCGGCUGUUCCAGCGGUUUUGAGACCGGGAGGCGGGGGUUGAAAAUAUAGCGAUCAGCUUGGGAAAAGGUUAGGAAUUAAUUGAGUGAAGUUUGGAUUUCGUUCGAUGUAAUAAUGUAGGUACUAUUUUCCCCUUGACGCGAUAAACAAAGCUGGUUCAUUACGUCUUUGACAGACUGUUUCAAUUAUUCGAGAUUCACAUCUCAAGUUUGAGGGAAACAUUGGAAGGUCUAGCUAAUGCGCCUCUGCUAUUAGCUAUUUGUUUGCUUCCCCAUUUUAGGGGAUGGGGGUUAAUCAACCAAACCAUUGCCAGCAAGGUCGUUGAUCUAAUGCUGUCGAUAUAAAUGUAUGGCCUUCCUAGAGCACUAUAAAAUAUGGGAUGACAACAGCUGCGAUUCACU